AUGGAAGAGGCCUCUUUCAGCACAGACAAUAUUCUCAGUAAUUUUCCUUCUUGCCUGAGAAAGAAUAUCGAAGAAUUAUGUUUGAGAUCUAAAAUAGGAUUAUCUUCGAUAACUUUAAAUGAUAUCACCAUACCAAAAAUCAGCUGUGCUGCCCAAUAUGGCAUAUUGGAUAAUUUUCAUUUUAUACUCAAAGUGCCAUAUGCAGGAAAGAAAAUGAAAUGGGAAGUUAUUUUCGAUCCUGAAGACUUCUUUUUCACUCCAGAUUUUCUGUUCAAUGAUGACGAAUUCCUUGAGAAUCCACAAUAUGAUUAUUUGAUGGAUAAUGUUCCCAGCUUGAACAAUUGGGAUUUGAAAAAUCCACAGGCUCUUGCAAAAGUUUUGAAUGAAUUUUUGGGUCUCUACAAGAAGCUACAGGUGGAAAAACUCAGGACAGAAAAUAUCUAUUCUCGAUAUUGGGAAGAAUAUGAGGCUUUGACAACAAAAGAAAGUGGUAUUGGGCCUGAGCAAAUUGAAGUCCAAGUAGGAAAUAAUAUUGAUUUUCUUGUUUCCCUUCCUGUGGAUUGUAGUGCACUUCCUCCAUAUGCCCAACCAGUAAUUUUCAGAAAUUCUCCUCACAAUGAAGGCUACAAUCCAGGAUUUGACUUUGCUCAUUUGAAAAUAACCAUCCUUGAAUUAGAUGGUGCUCGUACAAAUGCAUCAUUGCAACUGUCCCCUAGACUUAUGCAAGUAUUGGGACCUUCUAAGAAUAUAAAUUUGCCCAGCUUCCAAAAUAUGGCACUGGUCACUUAUGUGGAUUCUGUAUCCAAAAUGAUUGAAACUAGAAUUGCUGCUGUUGUUGAUCACUAUGUGAAGAAGAAAGUUUAUAUUGUAAAUAUGGCAGCCAUGUGCAGCAAAAGUAUUAUAGAGUAUGAUGCAGAAAAUUUCAAUAAGGCUGUAUUUUUGUAUGAUGAUGAUGAUGAUGAAUAUAAUUGUUUAGUAACAGUUUCUAUUGGUGCUAAAUUUCCUCAGGAAAAACCAACAGUGCAGUUAUCAUCAAUUUAUUGUCAGGACAGUAAAUUUUGUAAUGAAACCAUUGAUAAAUAUCCAUACAAACCGUCUCAUAAGCCAGAAGUAAAUAUUGAACAUCUUCUUGAAUAUCUGGGUGAUGUUGUCAAAAAAUUCAAAUGCCACAAACAUAAGUGA